AUGUUGCUUUCGGAAGAGUUAACUAAAAUAUUCAACAACAGCUAUUCUCAGAACUAAGCCAUUCUAACUAUGGUUGAAAAUGUUUAAACACUAUUUUUUAUCUUUUCAGAUGCUUAUAAUGUGAUAUUUAGAGAAAAUUAAAAAGUAUUUGCAAGCUUAUACUCUACAUUUUAAUAAUAAUAGUAAUUUAACUAACCUUUCAUAAAAUCAAUAUCUUUCAAAUCUAAAACUGAUUAAUAAAAUAAAACAAUUAAAAGCUUUUAAAUUGACUUAGAGAUUCCAGAUUAUCAGAUUAAUAAAAACCUACCUGAAAAUUUUAUAUAUGAUUAAAAUACUUAAGCAGAAACAGAUAUAGAAAAAUUAAAUAGUAUGGCUGAUAUCAUAGAAAAAGAAUCUCAGUUAAUAAGUCCAGUUAAGUAAAACGUUUAUAAGCAGUACAGUACUUUCAAUAAAAUAAACUCUCCACUUAAAUAAGAUACCUUAAAAAGUAUAUCUUAUCUAACUAGUCCUUAGCUUAGAUCAAAUAACUAAAUAUUCAGUCCACUUAAAUUAAAGAAUGUAACUUCAAGUUAUUAGUCGCAUUAUUCAAACUCUCCUGGUUAAAAUACAACCAACGAAACUUCUAAAAUAUAGCAAAGUAAGGAGUUAUUAUCAUAAGAACUUCUUUUUUAAAAGAAUCAGUCAGCAUCUUAAAACUCAACACCAAUGAGAAGUUUUAUAUAAAAAACCAGCAGUUUAUCUCCUCAAAAAAAUAUUAAUAAUAAUUUCAGUUACCUAGAGUAUUUAAAAUCCUAAAUAGAUUUAAAAUAAUAAAAUCAAAAGAUUGAUUCAAAGCCUUCAAAAUUAUAAUCCAUGCUUAGUAACUGCUGGAAGGACGUAAAUAAUUAUUCUCCAAAUUAAAAUAAAACCUAUCAUCAAACAGGAUAAGGAGUUUAACAAGUAUAUUAACAAAUGAGUCCUUAGAAUUAAAUGCAAUUUAAUUAAUAGUAAAAGAUAGAACAAUGA